GAGGGUGUGUGUGACACGAGCCUUCUUAUUUAUCUGGUGUGAGACACAAGCUGUCAGAAGAGCAUUAAGUCCAGCAGACAGAAUCAAAAAAAAAAGAAAGAAAGAAGGAGAUGAGGACUUUCCAGAGCCAAAGUCAGCCUGCGCAGCGCGGAGCCUCCAGCAGCCGGCACAGCCUCAGCAGCAGCGCCAUGAUUCCAGUCAGCACGGCCAGCGUCACCUUCGCAGCCCUACUCAUCCUCACCAUCCCAGUCUGCAGAAGUGCUCCAGUAGAACUUCAGCAAGCCGCAACAGCUCAGAGGCAGCUACUCAGCCAGAUAGAAGCUGUGUGCUCAUGCUACCUAUCUACAGACCUCAAGGCAUCUGAUAUCUUAGGGGAGCUUUGUGUCUUGAUGCUGGUUCAGAAGUCAAAGGAGCUGAAAGUACAAAAAAACAGUAAAAGGGCUGUACUCCAGGGACCUGGGGGAAUCCAGAGUAGAGGUUACUUUCUCUAUCGGCCCCGAAAUGGAAGAAGAUCCUUAGAAUAUGAAUAAAUUAAAGUCUCCACUUCUGAACCUUAGUGACCAGAGAACAUAAACACCUAGACCUGAGCUGCUGCACCAUGAUGGAGUGAUCCAGUCUUCAGCCACACCACAGUCCUCUGCCACUGCUGAACAGUGAUUCUGAAUGUAUAAAGAACAUAAUUAAAACAUACUCAUCAAUUGUCCAGAUUUUAUUUUGUGUUAAAUGUUUGUCAUUUGCAUUAAAAAUA